AUGUCGGCCGCCGUGGCGUGCCUGGACUACUUCGCCGCCGAGUGCCUGGUGUCCAUGUCCGCGGGCGCCGUGGUCCACCCGCGCGCGCCGGACCCCGAGGGCGCGGGCGCCGCGGGCGCCGCGGCCACCGCGGCCACCGCCGCCGCCGCCAGCUCGGAGGUGGGUGCGGCCCCGCCGCCGCCUGCGGACUCGGCGGGGCCGGGGCCGGGACCCCCGGAGCCGCCUGCGGAGGGGUCCCCGCCGCCCCCGGCCCCCGGCCCCGGCGCGGCGCCCCACCUGCUGGCCGCGAGCGUCCUGGCCGACUGGCGCGGCGGCGCCGGCGACGGCUCCGGGGAGGACCUGGACGCAGCCGCUCCGCGCGCCUCGCCCGGCUCCGGAGAGCCCAGCCGGGGCUCCGCGACCAGCCCCGAGCCGCAGGCGGACCCUGACGGCGGCGGCGCCGACCUCCCCGCACCCGAGCGCGCCCCGAGCGAGCUGGAGGCGGCCGAGGCGCACGACGAGUCCGCGACGGCCGAGGAGCCGGCGGGGGAGUCGGACGCGCUCCCCGCCGCGGGCGCCGGCCCCGCCCUGGCCCCGGGGCCCCGCCGGCGGCCCGUGACCCCCGCCGCCAAGCGCCACCGCUGCCCCUUCCCGGGCUGCAACAAGGCCUAUUACAAGUCGUCGCACCUGAAGUCCCACCAGCGCACCCACACCGGGGAGCGCCCGUUCUCCUGCGACUGGCUCGACUGCGACAAGAAGUUCACGCGCUCCGACGAGCUGGCGCGCCACUACCGGACGCACACGGGCGAGAAGCGCUUCUCCUGCCCGCUCUGCCCCAAGCAGUUCUCGCGGAGCGACCACCUGACCAAGCACGCCCGUCGCCACCCCGCCUACCACCCCGACAUGAUCGAGUACCGCGGCCGUCGUCGCACGCCCCGCGUCGCCCCGCCGCCCCCGGCCAGCGACCUGCCGCCCCCCGGCCCCGACGACGCCGCACCCGCGGCCCCGGCCGACGACCCGCAGCCGCAGCAAGGCGACGCCCCACCGCCACCCCCGGCCGACGACGCGCCGCCCCCGGGUGACGCCCCACCGCCCCCGGGCGACGCCCCGCAGCCCGCCCAGCCGGCGGACAGCUCCGACUCCAGCUCCGGGACCGACCAGGCUCCCGGCUUCACCGCCUGCCUGUCUUUCGGUUAUUGCUUUUAG